UGCCGGGGAAUAACGCACGCUGCUCACCAAUAUACGCGCGUUCAGAUUUAUUUGCAUACGAAAUUCGGAAAUAAGACAGUGAUAAACAUGAAUUCGAAAUUAAUUAUAUUGUGUAUUUGCGUGCAAAUGUGCGCGCUGGCAAGUGGGCGUCCCCAACAGUGGCAGUGGCAGGGUCCAAUUUUUUCGAAUCCAUUUUUGCCUGAUCGCCCUGGUGCCGGCACUACGACUACCACUCCUGCACCGCCCGCCUCGUCGACAACAGUGCCUUCGCCUCGUUAUCUAGCCUGUUUGAGGGCCUGUCCCACCACCAUGGAAUACAAUCCUGUUUGUGGCAGCGACAGUCAGAAUUAUCACAACCACGCUCGUCUGGACUGCGCCGCACGUUGCGGUCAAGAUGUUGUUUUUGUACGCAUGGGAACCUGUAAUGCCUUAUAAAUGGCUGAGAGCGCAUUUUUAAUGAACAUAAAUUUCAUCCAGGAAAUUGAAAGAAAAUCUAUAUUUACAACUAAUUCGGAAGUAAUGUUAAAUUAAAGUGGACCGCCUCUGCCACAUAGAUUAAGUUAGCGACUGAUCCGCUUAUAAGCAUGCACUCACACACACACUUUAUUGCGUGUAUGUUUAUUAGUCUUUAUAUUUUGGCGUCUAAUUAAUUUUAAGGAAUUUAUAACUAACGUUCUUCCAAUGAAAUUUAAACAAAUAAAAUCAUUAUUUAUACAAACAUA